CCAACUUCAGCUUUUUUACAACACCGUGCCUUAUCUCUUACGAGUGUCGCAGGAAAGCCACCAGCGCAGGUGUUCACCGAGACUAUUAAGCUAUCUUAAUUCAUUAUACACCAUGUCGACUCGUUACAUUCCCCCAGGGCAGCAGAGGAACAUGCGCGCAUGCAUGGUUUGUUCAAUAGUCCAGACCCAAUCUACAUUUCACAAGGAAGGAUGUCCAAACUGCGAGGAGUUUCUGCGUCUCCAGGGCUCCAUGGACGCGAUUGCCGACUGCACAUCGCAAGUCUUCGAAGGCCUCAUCACACUCGCAGAACCAAGCAAAUCCUGGGUCGCAAAGUGGCAGCGACUUGAUGGCUACGUAAGAGGCGUGUAUGCGACAAAGGUGUCUGGAAUCUUACCCGAGGAGGUUGUCGAUACGAUGGAGAAUGAAGCCAGGAUCAGAUAUAUUCCUCGCGAUGGCAGUGCACAGGAGGAUUAGACACAACACAAAUGGGACUUCUUUACAUGGCGCAGGAAAUAGGUUGGGUUAAACGGCAUUGCUACGGCGUCAAUCACAGGGCAAGAAUGGGAUUAAGGAGUCGGAUUUUAGAGCCCAGUUCCUUUCAAGAAUGAGA